UUGUUCCGGUAUCAGGGCAGGAUCGUGCGCAUAGACUGCAAUCGGGCGCAGCUCCUCGCCUCUCUCCCCCUGUCGCCCGUGACACGCACCUCCUAACGAGAAAACCCCAGUAUACCAAUAAUGGAUUUUACAACCUGAUGAUCCCUUUUUGAGUCGGCGGGUCUUGGGAAUAACAGCAGUCGGUGUAACGACAGGACGAGCUGGUAAAUCGCCACACUGCAGUGCAGCACUGUUGAACGACCUUAUUCCAAUCACGCAACACAAGGAAGAGCGCCGGUGAUUUCCGUGGAUUUAGAGUUUUGUGGGCUGCUCUGUGGCAGUCAGCACCGCCGCGGCCGCAGGAGGAGCAGCUAACUAGCUAACUUUACUUCGAAAGAAACACUCAAUUCGCUACAUGGGCUAAUUUUGGCCAGCCUGUAAGCUAGCGCAACAGAUUAAUUCGUGUUUUUCACCUGCCAUGUGACCAGUUUACAUGGUGCUGCUUUUAUUUUUUGGAUACCUUUACCCUGGAUAUCUCGCUGGGAACAUUUUGAAUAGUUUUGUGGGAGUUAGGAAGGUCGAGCCCUCGCCGGGAAUAACUUUGGCCUGAAAGUUUGCAGAACCCGGAGCUGGCUUCAAACCUGAAAGGAAACAUCCCUGCCACAAAAAAAGAAAAAAAGAAGCGUCGACACUGUGUUAUGAAACCGACUCUGGAUAAACGUUUGUUGUAGAUUUGGGCGACAGUUGACGCUUCCUCGGACGUUAGUUAGCAACCUUACAGGUUAGCAUGCUAGCCACCUAAUUGAACCUUGUCUCGUUCAAUACAACCAACUUUUCUUCGUGCUAGCACAAGUAGCUAGCCGGCCAAAACGUCAUUAGGUUGGUAGCUCCCUGGUCACAAUUGACACUGCUAACUGGAAACUGAAUGUAUUCACAACAAGACCGAAGCUGAAGAAGACAUUUAGCUUUUUCCUGUUUUGUGCUUGUUGACAAACAUGGGACGUGCGGUUGCUGCUAGUUGGGUUCAGCUAGCUGGCUAACUCGGCUAGCCACUGAUGUGGGUUUCAACUUGUUGAUUCACGGGCUAUCUGUCGUGCUGCUAGCUGGCUAGCGCUGGACUUCUGCUGGAAAUUGUCCUCUGCCCUCAGCUAGACAGAUUUUAAAUGUACAAUAGACACUGAAGAAUCGUUUUUGUUUCAUUGUUUCCUUCCCCCUUUUUGGCAACUUCAAGUCUUCAAAAAAUGUCAACAAGGACCCCACUGGUGCAAGUCAUUGAAAAUACAGCUGGGCAGGAGACCAAGUCCUCCAGCCGCUCCAGCAUGCCGCGAUGUCGGAACUCCGUCGCCACGACCACAACAGACGACCAGCCGCACAUCGGAAACUAUCGGUUGCUAAAAACCAUCGGCAAAGGCAACUUCGCCAAGGUCAAACUGGCCCGACACGUCCUCACCGGAAAAGAGGUGGCUGUAAAGAUCAUUGAUAAGACACAGCUCAACUCCUCCAGUUUGCAGAAGCUCUUCCGGGAGGUGAGGAUCAUGAAGAUGUUGAAUCACCCCAACAUAGUCAAGCUGUUUGAGGUGAUAGAGACAGAGAAGACUUUGUACCUGGUAAUGGAGUACGCCAGUGGAGGAGAGGUCUUUGAUUACUUGGUGGCCCAUGGCAGGAUGAAGGAGAAAGAAGCCCGUGCCAAAUUCAGACAGAUUGUGUCAGCGGUGCAGUAUUGCCAUCAGAAGUGUAUAGUACACAGAGACCUCAAGGCAGAGAACCUGCUCCUGGACGCAGACAUGAACAUCAAGAUAGCGGACUUUGGCUUCAGUAAUGAGUUCACUCUGGGGAACAAGCUGGACACGUUCUGUGGCUCCCCGCCCUACGCCGCCCCGGAGCUCUUCCAGGGGAAGAAGUACGACGGGCCCGAGGUGGACGUGUGGAGUCUGGGGGUGAUCCUGUACACGCUGGUCAGCGGCUCGCUGCCCUUCGAUGGACAGAACCUCAAGGAACUGAGGGAGCGAGUGCUGCGUGGUAAAUACAGGAUUCCCUUCUACAUGUCCACCGACUGUGAGAACCUGCUCAAAAAGUUUCUCAUUCUGAACCCCUCUAAAAGAGGCAGCCUCGAGCAAAUAAUGAGGGACCGGUGGAUGAAUGUGGGUCAUGAGGACGAAGAACUCAAACCCUAUAUCGAACCCAUGCCAGAUUAUAAGGACCCCAGGCGGACAGGUAGGAACGGAAACAAACUCAAAAAUGACAUCAUGCUGACGAUGGGAUUUUCUGCGGAAGAGAUCCAAGACUCGCUGGUGAACCAGAAGUACAAUGAUGUGAUGGCCGCAUACUUGCUACUGGACUUUAGGAACAAUGAGCUGGAAGAAAGUGGCAUCAAACCCCGGCCAGGAAGUGAUGUACAGCGCAGUGUGUCGUCCAACCAGAAGCCUCAAAACCGCAGAACCAACGACCAGGGCUCUUCCUACUCUAAGAGGGGGGGUCAAACAGACAACCGGACUGCAGGAGAGGAUGCUGGGAGGAAAGGUUCAUCAGGCAGCUCCACCACCAAGGUGCCGGCCAGCCCUCUGGUCCCCACUGACCGCAAGAAGAGUGCCACGCCCUCCACCAAUAGCAUCCUGUCCACCGGUACCGGUCGUAGUCGGAACUCUCCUCUGACUGAGAGAUCCACGCUGGGCCAGGGCAUCCAGAACGGCAAGGACAGCCUAAACACUCCGGGCUCCCGCGCCUCCACUGCCUCGGCUGCUGCCGUCCUCUCCUCCUCCUCCUCCUCCUCGCGUCCCCGUCAUCAAAAGUCGCUCUCCUCCUCCAAUCAUCCAUGCCCCUCUGACCUGCACGCACCACGGCCCAGUGCCACGACUCAGCGGCCUCCCGGCGCCUCCCCCUCUGCCCACAACAUCAGCAGCGCUGCCGUGUCAGACCGUACCAACUUCUCCCGAGGGGUGGGCAUCCGCAGCACAUUCCACGCAGGCCAGCAGCGGGGGGCCCGGGACCAGCAGGGCUCCGCCUAUCCCGGGGGCCCGGCGUCCCCGUCACUGUCACAUGGCAACAGCCAGGCCCGGAGGACACACGGAGCCACGGGGAUCUUCAGCAAGUUCACAUCCAAGUUCGUACGCAGAAAUCUCUCGUUCAGGUUUCCAAGAAGGAGUCCGUAUGAGGGAGAGGGUCGGGAUGAGGGGAGCAGGUCUAUGCUGAGCAGCACAGUGGACAAGUCGGAGAAGACGUCCGGCGGGGUCCUCUCCUCUUCCAACAACGAUGAGAACAACUCCUCCCCAGGGUCUGGUAACACCGGUGGGACCGGCACCCCCCCGGCCAUCGGCCUCCAGAAGGAGUCGGUGAAGCCUCGCUCGCUGCGCUUCACCUGGUCCAUGAAGACCACGUCGUCCAUGGAGCCGGCGGAGAUGAUGCGUGAGAUCCGCAAGGUGCUGGACUCCAACAGCUGCGAGUACGAGCUGCGCGAGCGCUACAUGCUGCUGUGCGUGUCGGGAAACCCCGCGCGAGACGACUUCGUCCAAUGGGAGAUGGAGGUGUGCAAGCUGCCGCGGCUCUCCCUCAACGGCGUGCGCUUCAAACGCAUCUCCGGCACCUCCAUCGCCUUCAAGAACAUUGCCUCAAAGAUUGCCAACGAGCUCAAACUGUGAGUGCGGAGGAGAGAGGUUCAGAGGUGGGAGGGUGAAGGGGGGAGGUAGGGAGGAGGAUGCUGUAAGUGGAGGUCAGGAGGUAAGCUACAGGGUGGGAUCACUUUAAAAAGAAAGCCGAUUGUUAUGUGGACAAAGGUCUGAAGUAGGGCUAUCGGUUCCUCUUGAGACUAGAAAAGCUUUCUCUUCUAGAAGUUCCUUAAGUUCACGAGGCCAUUAGAAACUCUGAGUCCGUGUCCUCUGAGUCGUGAAGUACUUAUAGACCGAGGGUCUUCUCUCCCCCGCUGGGCUUUUCUUUCGUCACGUUCUACUUAGACGUUCCACUCUUCUGCAUGUCCGCUCUGCUCUCUCUGUUUAUUUAGUCGUCUCACUUUGAUCACUUUGACCACU